GGCACCUAUGCGCUCCGACUCCUCCCUCCACCGCCUCUACCGUGAGUAUAUAUAUCAACCCCAACACCUAUCUGAGCUCAGGCAAACAAACAGGAGACUCAACCGCAAGACACAUGACAUCACAUCACAUCACAUCACAUCUCAUCACAGCACCAACACAACAGAGCAAAGGGAAUCAAGGCAACAAGAAAGAGCACCACAGUUUCUCACGGUAACUAAGUACAACUCCACCCAGCCAUGUGGAUCCGGUUUGCCGUGUGCCUGUGUUGCCUGGCAGUGGGCUGUCAGGGGCAGGACAGAACGGCGUCGCUCCGCAAGGCCAACAACGACUUCAGCGGCCGCUGCCAGUACACCUUCACCGUGGACAGCCCGGCCGAGUCCAGCUGCCCCCAGGCGGGAGCCGUGGGCACGGAGAUGGAGGGCGUGGCGUCCCGGCUCACUCUCCUGGAGGCUCUGGUGAGCCGGAUGCUGGGGGAGCCAGGGGCAGCGAUGGUGGGUGAGGCCGGGCUGCAGACCGCGGAGGAGGUGAGCCAGCUCCAGCAGGACAACCAGCGGCUGAACAGGCAGGUGCAGGACCUCCAGAGGAGGCUGGAGGAGCUGACACUGGAGGCGGAGCAGCUGAGGGAGAAGCCCUGCCAGCAGCCCCAACCCUCAGGGGUCACGACAGGGGUCACGACAGCAGACAGCGAUCCUGCGUUUGGGAGCGGAGCCUUUCAAGAGAUGAAGGCUGAGGUGUCAGAGGUGCCUGCCCCCCCUCAGAUCCGGCAACAUGGACAGAACCAGAACCAGAACCAGAACCAGAACGUGACCAAAGGCUGUGGAGUGCUGGUGUCGGUGGACGAGCCUGUGACUCACCACAAGGUUGACAGCAUCACAGGCAAAUACGGCGUCUGGUUCCAGGACCCAGAGCCCGCGGGGCCCCCCUACGGCCCUAAGGUGGUGUGGCGCAUUGAGGCGGUGGGCAAGGAGGUGAGGCAGCUCUUUGCCUACGAGGACAUGGACCAGUUGGUGCGUGGCUUCCCCAUGAAGGUGCUGGUCCUGCCGGAGGCGGUGGAGAGCACCGGUGCCACCGUCUACCGCGGCUCCCUCUACUACCAGCGCCGCCGCAGCCGCACCAUCAUGCGCUACGACCUGGCCUCCGAGAGCCUGGCGGCCCGGCUGGAGCUGCCUCACGCCGGCUUCCACGGCCAGCACCCGUACUCCUGGGGCGGCUACACCGACAUCGACCUGGCCGUGGACGAGAGGGGCCUGUGGGUCAUCUACAGCAGCGGCAAGGCCAAGGGGGCCAUCGUCGUCUCGCAGCUGAAGCCCAACAACCUGGAGGUGAAGAAGAGCUGGGAGACCAACAUCCGGAAGAACACGGUGGGCAACGCUUUCAUGGUGUGCGGCCGGCUCUACACCGUGGCCAGCUACAGCUUACCCAACACCACUGUCAACUACGUGUUUGACACAGACACCGGCGAGAGCCAAGCCAUCGCCAUACCCUUCCACAACCGCUACCGCUACAACAGCAUGAUCGACUACAACCCGGGCAACAAGAAGCUCUACGCCUGGGAUAAUCACCACAUGGUCACCUACGACAUACAACUGGCAUAGUAUAACAACAGCCCUUAAGCAGACACAAACCCUCUGAAUGACACAGACCGAAGCAUUGCAAGUCACCUGGUGCCAUAAAUAGUGUUAUAUGCAUUCAAUCAUCUCGUACAACCAUGUCAUGUCAUGUCAGAAGAAUUAUUAAGGCUAUCCUGGUUUGUAACUGCUUUAGUACAAAAAGAACUUCUUUGUGAUGUAUUUGUAUAUAUUUUGUAUUUUAAAAGCAAAUUGUAUGUACUUCUGUAUAUAGAAUAUUAUGAUUAUUUACCUCAAAUGUAUUUUUGUAUGAAAGCUAUUGUAAAUUGUAAACUGCUGUCUCCUUACACAAGCCAUCUGUCAUUCUAAUAAUUUAAAUAAUAAAUGAUUUAAAAAAAAGGGUUGAUUGAUUAGUGAUUAUGUCUUGUUUCCCUUUGUAAAUAAAUUAAUAAAUAAACAUUAUUGUGGAAGAAAAAUACUAUUUUACACUUCUAGCUAUAGCUCCAUGAGCAAGAAUGUACUUGAUUUCCACAUAGACCCCUCAAACUCACGAGCCUGGCCAUUACAUAGACCGUAAUCCUUACCUACCUCACAAAUAUCUUCUGAAACGCAUUUGAUA